GAUGACUCAAGAUACCCGAAGUAGCGUAGUUUCUAAGUUCCUCCCAACAAGAAAUGCGUCCAGGUCCAGGGAACAAAAAAACUAAGUCUGUCCUGGGAGAGGUUUUUCCCUCUCAGAUGCUUGUGCAGGAAGGCCUGCCCACAUUUGAGAGUUGGGGGGGCUGUACGUGACAUGUGGUGUUUCAUAUCAGUAUUGGCAAAUUUAACCUCGAUGUCAGGACACUUUGUUCAUCAAAUGUUUGUUGGCAUCAUAUUUCCCCUUUUCCCUCCCUCCACCCCUUUUCUUGGGAUGGAUCCCCCUCAUCCUCAUGAGCACCCACCAGAUACUAGGGUACCACAAGUCUGCUGGCAGUUUGCUUGUAGCUGUAAGUGGCUUUUUGGGGUGUGGCCUUUUGAAGUUUUGGAGACUCUCAAAAAUUCCUGACACCACUUUUGUAAAGUGGAUGCAUAUGGCCAUCCAUGAUUCCAUGCAAUUGCAACCCACUCAG